AUGGCCACAUGGGUUUCGCCGCCGUCGCGGUCGCGAGCCGAUAGAACUGGGACGCCAGACGCGCGCGAGUGGUGCUGGAAGUGGUGCUGGCGACAGCGCGCACUUGGAUUCGGCGACCGCCGGAGCGCGGAGGGGGCAAGCGCCGAUCCAGAGACGAUGGCCGCCGCGGGCUCCUCGCCGUCGUCGUCCUCAAGCAAGCGGUUGGAAGGGAAGGUGGCCCUCGUCACCGGUGGCGCCACCGGCAUCGGCGAAGCCAUCGUUCGCCUCUUCAUGGAGCACGGCGCCAAGGUCUGUGUCGCGGACAUCCAGGACGAAGCCGGGCAGCAGCUGCGUGACGCCCUGGGAGGCGACGCGCAGGGCGUCAUGUUCGUCCACUGCGACGUGACGUCGGAGGAGGACGUGAGCCGCGCCGUGGACGCGGCGGCGGAGCGGUUCGGCGCGCUGGACGUGAUGGUGAACAACGCGGGCGUGACGGGCACCAAGGUGACGGACAUCCGUGCCGUGGACUUCGCCGAGGCGCGCAGGGUGCUCGACGUCAACGUGCACGGCGUGUUCCUGGGGAUGAAGCACGCGGCGCGCGUCAUGAUCCCGCAGAAGCGGGGCUCCAUCGUGUCGCUGGCCAGCGUGGCCAGCGCCAUCGGCGGGAUGGGCCCGCACGCGUACACGGCGUCCAAGCACGCCGUGGUCGGGCUCACCAAGAGCGUCGCCGCGGAGCUCGGCCGCCACGGGGUGCGCGUCAACUGCGUGUCCCCCUACGCCGUGCCCACGGCGCUGUCCAUGCCGCACCUGCCCCAGGGCGCGCGCGCCGACGACGCGCUCAAGGACUUCCUCGCCUUCGUCGGCGGCGCGGCCAACCUCAAGGGCGUCGACUUGAUGCCCGAUGACGUCGCCCAGGCGGUGCUCUACCUGGCCAGCGACGAGGCGAGGUACGUCAGCGCGCUCAACCUCAUGGUGGACGGCGGCGUCACAGCCGUCAACCUUAACCUCAAACCGUUCGAGGAGUAG